AUGAAGCACCCGAUGGUCACAGCAGUGCUGGUAGCACUGGUGCAGGUUUCUCAGAGUUUCCCUGCCUUGUACCACCGAGGGUGGUGGAGGCUGUUAAAAGAAGGAGAGAGUUGUGGAAAAUGUGAUUUGGCACUUUGCUCUGAGCCUAAAGACUGCCUGGCUGGGACUGUACUGGACCGCUGCGGCUGCUGUUCUGAGUGUGGAAACGUGGAAGGUCAGAUCUGUGACUUGGACCAGGGCAAUCAUUUUUAUGGACAGUGUGGAGACAACCUUGAGUGCAAGCUGGACGCCGAUGAAGCAAAGUUUGGAGAAGUCCCUGAACCCCAGUGUGUGUGCAAGUAUCAAGACAGCAUCUGUGGAUCUGAUGGGAAAACCUAUGAGAACAUCUGUCAAUUCAGCAAGGCUUAUGCUGAGAAGAGGAAUGUCAGCAUGAAGCAUAAAGGACCAUGUGAAUCAGCUCCUGUUAUUUCAGUGCCACCUCAGGAUGCCCAGAAUUUCACAGGCAAUGAUGUCAUUUUCAGCUGUGAGGUCUCAGCCUAUCCUAUGCCACAGCUGGAAUGGAAAAAAAAGGGGAAUAAAAUUUUCCUGCCAGGAGACGAUGCCCACAUCUCUGUACAGUCAAGAGGUGGGCCUCAGAAGUACGGUGUGACAGGAUGGCUGCAGAUUCAAGGCCUCAAAAAAUCAGAUGAAGGUGUUUAUAUCUGCCACACCAAAAACAAGCAUGGUGCAACAUAUGCCUCUGCAAGACUGAAAGUCAUUGACGGCUCAUCUCCUGCAUUUGCAUUUACUGAAGGCAGUAGAAGUGCAAGCUACAGCGUUGAAUAUGGGGAAUAUUACGACCAUUCUGACGAUGAAGAUGAGGAAGAAAAUGAAUCUGGGGACUAUGAAAACUGA